CUUGCUGCGGCCAGACGGCGCUUCCCUCAGUCCCCACGGGCGGGCUCGGGUGCUUUUUCCGCCCCUUCCCGUUCCGCGCGCCUGUCCGAGGAGAGGAUGAGUUGAGCGCGCGGCUGGGCGCGUGGGCCGGGGUCUGGCUGCGGGGCGCAGGAUGGGCGCGCGCCUUCGCUCGGGCUGCUACCUGGGGCGCAAGUCGGGCCUCUUCCUGGCGCUGCUCCUGGCGGCGCUGCUGCUGGUCCUGCUAGUGCUGGGCAUCCUCCUGGGGCGCUGCUCCCGGGCGCUGAGCCAGGCUUGGAGGGAGCCCGGCCCGGCCACGGCCACGGCCACCCCGCCCGCCGCCAACGCCAGCCAGGGCCCCCCCGAGAGACCCCCGGGGCCCUGGGACCUGCCCCGCCUCCCGCCCCACCUGGCGCCGCUCCACUACCAGCUCCGGCUCUGGCCCCACCUGGCGCCCGGCCUGCCCCACCCGCCGCGCAGCCACAGCGGGCAGGUCAACAUCACCGUCCGCUGCCUCCGGGACACCGGCGCCGUCCUGCUCCACGGAGAAGGGCUCGCCUACCAGGAGGUCUCCGUCUGGCAGGACUCUGGCAACGGGAGCGGGCAGCCCGUCCCGGUGGAGGAGCGCUGGGAGGUGCCGGCCAGGCAGUACCUGGUGCUCCAGCUGCGCCGCAACCUCCGCGCCGGCGCCCACUACACGCUCCGCUUCGCCUUCACGGGAAAGGUCUACGCGGGAACCCAUCUCCACGGGCUCUUCCUCAACACCUACCGCGACCAAGGGCAGAACAGAACACUGAUUGCAUCACAACUAGAACCAUUAGAUGCAAGGAGAGUUUAUCCAUGCUUUGAUGAACCUGCUCUGAAAGCUACCUUUAACAUAAGCAUUGUCCAUCAUCCAAGUUAUGUAGCACUUUCCAACAUGCCAGCUAUAGAUGUGUCUGAAUAUAAGGAUGUGAAUGACAGCACACUGAGUUCAUUGUUAAAUGAGACUACGUCAAUUAAUUGGACAGUCACAACAUUUGCAAUGACACCAAAAAUGUCCACAUACAUCACUGCUUUUGUGAUCUGUCAGUUUGAUCAUGUCACCACAACUGAGAGGGGCAAGGAGAUUCGCAUUUGGGCUGCAAAAGAUUCAAUUCGGAAGGGAUUAGCUGACUAUGCUUUAAAUAUCACUGGACCAAUAUUUUCAUUUAUGGAAGAUUUAUUUAACAUCAGUUAUCCUCUUCCAAAAACAGAUUUAAUUGCACUACCUGACAUGGAUGCUGGUGCGAUGGAAAACUGGGGACUAAUGACUUUCCGGGAUACAUCUUUACUGUACAACCCCAAAGAUAAAAACACCAGAUGGAAAAGAAGGGUGACUCAGAUUGUUUCCCAUGAGAUAGGACACCAGUGGUUUGGAAACCUAGUUACCAUGGAAUGGUGGAAUGACCUGUGGCUUAAUGAGGGAUUUGCCACAUAUUUUGAGCAUCUAGGGGCACAUCACAUUGAUUCCUCAGUGUCACUGGACGAAGACUUCAGCAAUUCUGUUUUGUUUCCUAUGUUGGGGUUGGACACUGAUUUGGAAGGCCAGUCUUUAUCAGUCACACAUAAAAAAGAUGAAGCAGCUACAAUAAACCACCAGUUUAAUUUAGUAACAUAUUUGAAGGGGGCCUCCAUUAUCCGGAUGCUUUCCAGUUUUUUGACUGAAACACUGUUUAUUAAAGCACUCCGUUCAUAUCUGAAUGUAUUUUCCUUUUCAAAUGCCAUCCAGGAUGAUCUCUGGAAUCAAAUUCAAAAGGUAAUAGAUGAACAAAAUGACACUUAUUUGCCAGCUAAAGUAAAGGUUAUAAUGGACACUUGGACCUGCCAAGUUGGCUACCCAGUCCUGACAGUAAAUUUCUCCACUGGGAAUAUCAGUCAAGAUCAAUAUUAUUCAGAAAAAGAUAAAAACAGCACAAAUAACACGUGGAUGAUUCCAAUUUCUUGGAUAAGAAAUGGAACUGUACAGCCUUUAUUGUGGCUUGAUAAAAGUAGCAAAAUAUUUCCUGAGAUGAAAAUUUCAGAUGCAGAACGCGACUGGAUUAUUUUAAAUGUGAAUAUGACUGGUUACUAUAGGAUUAACUAUGGCCAAACACACUUCAGAAAACUGGCCAAAGUUCUUGAAAAUGACCCAAAGGUGAUUCCUGUGGUCAACAAGUUACAAUUGAUGUCAGAUGCUUUUAGCAUGCAGUGGUCUGGUUACCUUGAAUAUGGUACUGCAUUAUAUUUCACUAAAUAUCUUGAAAAAGAAGAUGAAAUCAUAGUGUGGAAUACAGUGCUUCCUUAUCUAGACACAUACAGCUGGCAUUAUAUUCGGGAUGACUAUGAAUUAUAUCCCAUUUUAAAGAAAUACUUGUUACCACGAAUAUUACCAGUAUUUCAUCAUUAUGCAUCUCUCCUUCAUGAGGAUGUUAAAAUGGAGCCAGCUAUCUAUAUUGCUACAAAUGAUUUAGAAAAAAUAUUUGAAACAGUAUGUCGGUUUGGGCACCGUGACUGUUUAAACCUUAUUUCUGAAAUCUUCACCAGAAGAAUGAACCGUCCUGAUAAUGAGGGUCAUGUCUGUUACAGCACGUUUGUGUGUUGCUAUGGUGUUCAGAUGGGCAGUGACAAAGAGUGGGAAUUUUUAUGGGAACAGCAAAAGCAGAAUGGUACAGAAUUGCAUGAAGAAUAUUCAAUAUUAUCUGCUCUGGCCUGCACCAAAGAGCCAUGGCUACUUCAAAGAUUAUUGCAGUCUAUCAUCAAUGAGUCUUCAAUUGAAUUUUUUUAUAUAAGACAUGCAAUUGAAAAAGUGGCAAAAAAUGAAGUUGGUCAUCGGAUAGCAUGGAAAUUUAUAACAGACAAUUGGGCAGAUCUGUACAAUAGGAGUAGAUCUGGAAUACUACGUGAUUUCAUGGGGUCCGUCAGAACUGAUGUAGAGGUGCAAAUGAUCCAAGGUUUUCUUAACAAUACACUUGAGCCAGAACAAAGGAUACAAGCAACUGAAAUUGUGCUGCAAGCAAAAUCUGCUAUGGAUAAAGCAAAUGAAUCAUUGACUAAAAUGAUCAAGUGGCUAAAGGAGAAUAUGAAUGGAUGACAUUUGAGAACAUUUCCAAAUAUCUGUUUUGGCUUGGUUGUAUCUUAAUAUUUUUAGAAGACUGACUUUUAUUGUAUUUGUAAAAAAUUGAGAGAGAAAAAUGGAGAGAAGUUGUCUCGUAAUAUGAUGUCCAGAGAAAAGGAGCUUGCUCUGGUGACAAAAAGAUUACAUUUCAACCCACCCAGGACAUUUUUGCAUAUCUUAGGGGAUACUUCCUCUCUAUGGAAAUGCACUCUCAAAAUCUGAGUGUAAACAAGGUCUGAGAAUAACUGAAUCUAA